AUGAAACUUGACGGUAAGAACAUUAUCUGUAUCGUGGUCACAGAGGAAUGGAUCUCUAUGGCAAUUCUGCGACUUGUAGAGUCAGAGAAAUGCGUUGUUGAAGGCGCUGGAGCCAUCGGAUUAGCAGCUGCGUUGUCGGGUACUUUAGACGAGUUUGCGGGAAAAAAAGUCGUUUUGUUGCUGUGCGGUGGCAACAUCGAUACGUCCAUACUGGGAAGGUGUUUGGACAGGGGAUUGGCCAUCGACGGUAGACUGGUCAAGUUCCACGCGACGUUGAGUGACAGGCCCGGUGGUAUUGCCGAACUGUGCAGAGUGUUGGCAACGAUUAGCGUUUGCGUGAAAGACAUMAUACAUGAAAGGGCUUGGCUUUCAGACGACGUCUUCAGCGUUAGGGUCAGUGUGUGA